AUGCAGUUCACAAGCAAGCUUUCCGUCGCUCUUCUGGCCAUCCUGGCUGCCGGUGGUGAGGCCAACCACCAGGCUCUUCAUGCUCGCAAGUUCUUCCACCCCAGAGGCUUGAACGAGACCACUCCUGCUUCCACUCCUGCUUCCACUUCUGUUGUCGUCGUCUACCCGACUCCGGUGAAGUCUUCGUCCGCUGCUGGUGGCUCCAUCUCUGAGAUCACCUCGAUCCCAGCCCCUCUCAGCACCGGUACUCCUGGAUCUGGUGGCUCCGACGGCGACAAUGGUGACCAGGACGUCACUGUCACCUACACUCUGGGCACUGGCAGCACCAAAUCAGUCGUCACCACUACUAUCCACAAGACUUCGACUGAUCUCCACACUGUCUACGCUACUUCUGCUGGUGUUACCACACUCUCUUCCACCUCUACCACCACCGCUACUCUGAUCGCUGUUUCUACUCCUGGUUCUGGCAGAUCUGGCAGCUCUGGCAGCUCUGGCAGCUCUGGAAGCGGAGACAGCUGCAACCCGGCGACUGUCACCGUCACUGCUACCGUCACUGUGACUGCUCCUUCUGCUGCCACUCCUACCUCGUCGCUCAAGGACAGCGGCGCCAACGAGCACUACUCUGCCAAUGACAACGAUGGCAACGAUGAGGACGACGACGAUGAGGAUGACUGCGAGGAUGAGGACGACGACGAAUCCACCAGUGUGCCCUCUCCCACUGCUCGCCCACCUUACGGCUACGGCAACGGCACCGUUCCUUUCCCCAGCGGAGCCGCGAAGCCCACUGGUUUCAAGACCAGCAAGCUGCCCUACCCCACCGGCUUCCGCCGCCACUAA